AUGUUAGGGUUUUUUGUACAGGUUCCAACAGGUCCUCUUUUUAUUCGUCUGGGAGGUUCAGUGCUUUUGCCCUGUUAUGUUGAUCAACCCUUACCAAUGAAAAGACUGAGGGUGGAAUGGACAAGAACAGAGUCAAAUAAUCUGGUUCAUCUGUUCAUAUACGGCGAGAGUCGACCAGAAGAACAGCAUCAGGAUUAUUAUGACAGAGCUCACUUCUUUGAUGACUAUGUUAAAGAUGGAAUCUUCUCCCUCCGUCUGGACAACCUGAGAGCUGAAGAUGUUGGGUUUUACAGAUGUAAAGUUUACAGUCAGAAAGAUGUUGGAGAAACUGUGGUUCACAUAAAAGAUGUUGAGCAUUUGAAUAUAGUAUCAGGACCAAACCAUCCAAUUUCUGCGUAUGUGGGUGAGGACGUCACUCUAACCUGCUCUGUGGACUCUCACAUCACACCUGAAAAGAUUGAGGAGAUUUCAUGGAGAAAAAAAGAUAAAGAUGGAGAUAUUCUAGUCCUUGUUUUUCAAAAGGCUAAACCUCUAUCAUCAGAUGAGCGGUACAGAGACAGCGCUGAGUUCUUCACUGCUGAAAUCCCCAAAGGAAACUUCUCUCUCAGACUGAAGAGUGUCAGAACUGAGGAUAAAGGAGUUUACAUGUGUUAUGUUAGGAAUGGACGUGUGUCCGCAAACACAACUGUGACCAUAGAACGACUGAGUUUCUCUACUUUACACAUAACAAUCAUUGUUCUUUGUAUAAUUGCAUCUGGAUCUGCACUGCUGCUCUGGUAUCUCAUCUACUGCAGAUCACAAAAUGAUUCGAUAGGUAAUGAUUAA